UUCUAAAUAUUAACAUCGACUUGUUAGCGCGUAACUUUUUUUUUUUUUUUUUUUUUUUUUUUAAAACUCGUGUUUGCCAUACUUGGAUUUAUCGCAGCAGGUGAAGACAAUGCCGAGUGUGAAGUACCAUCGAGGGGACAUGGUGAUGGGCCGCUGGCCUGGCAGCAACCUAUAUUAUGAAGUUAAGGUGCUGGGCUUUGAAGCCAAAAGUCAGCUGUACACCGUCAUCUACAAGGAUGGAACUGAGCUUGAGCUCAAGGAGCAGGACAUCAAGAAUUCUUCGGGUUUCCAGCCGCGGUCCCGCUCUCGUUCCCGAUCACCGGGCCGCCGUCGCAGCCGCUCCCGCUCCCCGGCGAGAAACACACGGCGCUCUUCCUCACGGGCGGCGGCGGCGGUCGCUGCUGCAGCAAUAACAGAGAGCGCGCCGUUGUCACGCAGGGAUUCAAAGUUGAAGGAAAUGGUUGAAGUCAGACUCAGUCCUCUGCAGCAACCCACAAUGGCUGCUGAGAACAAGAGCAACAAUAAGCACGAAAACAAAGAAGAGAAUAACACUGCAAAGAAAGUAAAUGAGUCUGAGGCAAAGAUGGAGCCAGAGCCUGAGAAGAACCAGAACCGUUACAAUCUGCGCCGCAGAAAGGAUGAUGGUGAGGCCAAACCUCAAAAUCUGGAGAUUACCAAGGUGGUUACGGCUCCUGCUGUGAUGGUCUCGAACCAACUUGACUUUGGGGGCAAAAUUGGGGCAUACUUCUGGCUGCUCUUCUUGCCAUCCUGGGUUCUUUUUGUGGUUCUUCAAGUCAACUUGGAGGACCCCAGCUUAAUUAACUUCCCACCCCCUCUACCCCCCCUUGAAGCUUUCUGGGAGGCUCGGGCUCUCGGUUUUGUUGUCCUGUGGAUCUUAUUCCAGGUCCUGCUCUAUAUCCUGCCUGUGGGAAAGCUAAGUGAGGGCAUGCCACUUAUGUCUGGUGAGAGGCUGAAGUACAGAACCAACGGUUUCUUUGCCAUUGUGACGAGUGCUGCAGUGGUUGCUGCAGCCGUCUAUCAGGGAGUUGACGUCACCUACAUCCACAGCCAUUUCUUGCAACUUGCUGUGGCUACCUUCUUCAUCUCCGUCUUGCUCAGCGUCUACCUGUACAUCCGCUCCCGCUACGCACCCCCAGACCAGCAGGCGCUCGGGGGAAGCUCCGGAAAUGUGAUUUAUGACUUCUUUAAGGGACAUGAACUCAAUCCCCGCAUUAAAAAUUUUGAUUUGAAAUUCUUCUGUGAGAUGCGUCCGGGACUAAUCGGCUGGUGCUUAAUCAACUUUGCAUUCGCGCUGGCAGAGAUGGAGCAGCAGGGUUUGGACACUCCAUCCUAUGCCAUGAUCCUCGUAAAUGUCUGCCAGCUGAUCUAUGUCGUAGAUGGCCUCUGGAAUGAGGAGGCCAUCUUGACCACCAUGGACUUGAUGCAUGAUGGCUUUGGCUUCAUGCUGGCUUUUGGAGAUCUGGUGUGGGUGCCUUUUACCUAUACCCUGCAGGCCUAUUAUCUGGUCAGCCACCCAAACCCACUGAGCCUCUCAGCCGUUGCUGCCAUUGUCUUGCUCAAACUUAUUGGCUUCUACAUCUUUAGGAAAUCCAACUCUGAGAAAAACGCCUUCAGGAGAAACCCAUCAGACCCCAAACUGUCCUACCUGAAGACCAUUCCCACAGCAACAGGAAAGAGUCUGCUGGUGUCUGGUUGGUGGGGGGUCGUCCGUCACCCCAACUACUUGGGAGACCUCAUCAUGGCUCUGGCCUGGUCAAUACCCUGCGGCUUCAGUCAUUUGCUGCCAUGGUACUACAUGAUCUACUUCAUCAUCCUGCUGGUGCACCGGGACUCUCGGGACAUGAGCGAUUGCAGGAGGAAGUACGGCUCGGCUUGGGACGAAUACUGCCGAACGGUCCGCUACCGGAUCAUCCCCCGUGUCUACUGAGGGGACUGACUGGUGCCGGACGCUUGUGAGCUAAGGCCCAUUUUUACCCAGUAUGAAAGCCACAAACACCAAUAAUUUUUGUUGUCACGAUUGUGUUGCCGUUUUAAAAACAAGAAUUUAAACAUAUCAUGAUUGUGUAUUUUUUUGCGCUUCAGUACAUUUCAAGAAAUGUUUUUCUAACAAACCACUAAGGACUUUUGUUGGCAUCAUGAACUUUUUUGCAAACGAAUGAGGAAGAAAAGUUUCUAUUUUGCAAUUUGAUGCAAAAAGUAUGCCUCUGCAAGUAAAGUCUUGGUAGGAUGUAUAUUUUUGUGUAUAUACACAUUUGUUUUUAUACUUCAGGUAAAACAAAACCACUUGUUGCUUUAAUUUUUUGCUCGGAUUAGGAUUUUUUGGGGGAAUGAUUGUACAAGUAGUCCUUCAUUGUGAAUGAUGGGAACUAAAUAAGCUGUACACUGCAACAACAGCAACUUCUUUCUCAGGACCCACAAGUAUUCUUCCACAAAUUUGCAUUAGAGAAUUUUCCUGUUCUGUCUUGAAUUUUGUAUAGAUGCCUAGUGUUUGACUUGAGAGUUGUGUUUUUAAUUCCUUACAUAAUGGAUUUGGUAUGAUUUAGAACCUUCUGGUGAUGUGCCCAGUGUUGGAGGGGACCACCGACAUGGUGAUGAUGAAUAAUUUUGUCGCAUUCAGGGUUUGACAUUAACACCCACCAAAUGCUAGUGAAUUUCAGCAGUGGGCGGGUAGCUCCGCCACUCCAGCUAGCCACUUUGGCAGGUUCUAUUUCGAUCGUGACAAAUUUGUCAGCAACCCCCAAUCCCCGUUUACGACUGUAUUUCAAUCAGUAAAAAAAGUCCCCUUUUUUUUUUUUUUUUAAACAAACCUACGAUAUAUAUAUAUAAUACAGGAUCAGUGUUAAGAAAGUUCAUUUUCUACGUGAACUAGUUCAAAGUGCAGUUCAGUGUUCUAAAUAUGAACUGGUUCAGUACAUAGUUCAUAAUUACACAAAUUUUAACUAAGUUCACCGGUCCACAAACAAAGUAGUUCAUAGUUCUUUUUUUCCCCAAUGUUGCCAAUGACAGUUACCCUAAAAUUACUGGCAUUUCAUUUCCUCAUUGUUGCCACCCAUUCAGUCCACACUAGUAGCCAGCUGCAGCUUUGACCACAAUCUUAAAAAGAUGAAAAACUUGCUUGAAUGGUGUUUUAUUUUAAAAAUUGUAAUUAAUUAAAACAGAAACCUAACGGCAGAACAGCAGUCGUUCAAAAGGCAUUUAGUUAUUUACCAAUUGCUCCAAAAUGUAUUGAUAUUAUUAUAAUUGGCUGCCAGUUUCAUUUUCUGGAACAAAAAAAAAAUCAACUUGUUACUUGUGAAAUAAGGAGCAUUAAGACCCAUACUUGCUUUUAAUUGCCUUUAAGCAUGUUUAUUAAACAGCUUUUCAGAUUUGCAACAUGUUAGUUUUUUUUUUUUUUUUUAUCUUAAACAAUAGACAUCUUUAUUUUAACAGUCUAGCCAAAGGCGCUCCCAAGCCUCAGCAGCAUCUUAUGUUAAAUGAAAACUUCAACAAAUAAAUACUGUCGCUCCCCAAAUUUGUGACGUCAAUAUAACUCAAAUGUUAAGCUUUCACUUAUCUUUGUUUUAGUUUCAAACAAAAAGUGCAGGGUGUUCCCAGAGUCAACAGAAUCUCUCUCUAAAGUUAACUGAAAAGUGAAAACUUGAAUAAAUACUUCUCUGGCUGAAGUCUAUCCAGUUUUAAAUUGAACUCUUAUCGGUGUUUGGAUUUAUAAAAAAGAAUAAUAAAAAAAAAGGCAGAUGCCGAUAUGCGUCAAAAGGUCCGAUAUCGGCCCGGCUGAUAAUCGGUUUAUCCAUAACCACUCGCCACAGUGGCUAGUGACCCAAAAGGUUAGUGUCAAGCCCUGGUUGCAUUUCUUCUGCCACAUUUUUCUUUUUGUGGCAUUGUCCUUUUGAGCUUUUGGAACAGCCAACCCACCCCCCCCACCCGGCAACUCAAUGAUUUAUUUCUCCUAUUUAAGCUUUAAUAACAUAAUAACAUGUCAUUCAUGACAAUUUUAUACUGUGAUAACAAUGCAGAUGUAUAAAUUGCAUCGUCAUUGUUUGCAAACUCAGUAUUUGCAGCUCUUGAUCACAACAGAAGUAGCAAUGUCUGAACUCGGACUUGUAAAUAUUUUUGCUGUUUUAUUCUGCAUUGGGAGGACAAAAUAUUAGUAAUGAUUCUUUAUAGCUAUUUUUUUUUGUUUUUUAAAUUUGGGCUAAUGUAGUUUUGUUUAGAGAUAAGAUCUGCCAUAUUUCAUGUGUAUUAAAACACAAAAACUGGUGAAAGUAUCUGUAUACAUAGUUUAGCCCAAAUAAAGAUUUACAGAAUUUA